GCAGGAGCAGCAGCGUCGUUGCUACCUUCAGUGCAUGAAUGAGAAGAUGUCAAGAGUGUCUGUCAGAAAGGUGUCGUUCGGUGAUAAACUAGUAGUGAAAAAACAUGUAUCCGUUGUGAAUAUGCUCGUGAGUUGCAGUAGUUUAUUAUGUCUCGCCCAGCGUCGUCGUCUGGACAGUGAUUAGUAGUAGUGUUGUUACAUAAUAGGAAUUACGAGAGAAUCAUUAAGCGCGGAAAAGAGAGCCGAGGAAGGCCCGGAGCAGCGGCGUCGUCUCCGAAAUUGGAAAUUUCAGGGGUGCAAACGGAAAUAUUUUUUGCAGACGAAAGAAACACCCCGAAAUGGCAGGUCGGAACAGGCCCUUGCAGCACAAGAACCUGGGCCAGAUCCUGUCCAAGUUCUACAGCUUCACAGACUCCUGCACCCACACCAAGUACGCUACGGACAAGAAGACAUUGGACAAAACCUGGAAGCUGAUGGACAAGGUGGUUAAGCUGUGCCAGCAGCAAAAGAUGAACCUGAAGAACUCACCUCCCUUCAUACUGGACAUCUUACCGGACACCUAUCAACGGCUGAAGCUCAUCUACUCCAGAUACGAGCACAACAUGGCUGAGCUGCACACAAACGAACACUUCAACAUAUUUAUAUUUAACUUAAUGCGGAAAUGCAAGCAAGCCAUAAAGCUGUUCAAGGAGGGCAAGGAUAAGAUGUUCGAUGAGAACUCUCAUUACAGGAGGAAUCUGACCAAGCUGAGCUUAGUAUUUAGUCACAUGUUGAGUGAACUGAAAGCUCUGUUUCCGAAUGGUCCUUUUGCUGGGGACCAGUUUCGCAUCACCAAGUCAGAUGCAGCAGAAUUCUGGAAAUCUAACUUUGGUAACAGUACUUUAGUGCCAUGGAAGUAUUUUAGACAGGAGCUGAACAAGGUGCAUCCGAUCAGCACGGGAUUGGAGGCGAUGGCUUUGAAGUCGACAAUAGACCUGACGUGCAACGAUUACAUAUCAAAUUUCGAGUUCGACGUGUUCACCAGGUUGUUCCAGCCAUGGGCGACGCUGCUUCGAAAUUGGAAGAUAUUGGCGGUGACGCAUCCGGGUUACGUGGCAUUCCUUACGUACGACGAGGUCAAAGCCCGACUGCAGAGGUACAUAAAUAAAGCGGGCAGCUACGUCUUCCGGCUGUCCUGCACGAGAUUAGGCCAAUGGGCCAUCGGAUACGUGACCGCAGAUGGGGAGAUCCUGCAGACCAUCCCCCAGAACAAGAGUCUGAUACAGGCGCUGCUGGACGGAUACCGGGAAGGAUUUUACCAAUACCCGGACGGUCGUUCCAACAACCCCGAACUCUCCUGGGCUGUCCAGCCAACACCUGAGGACCACAUCGCCGUCACGCAGGAGCAGUACGAGCUCUACUGCGAGAUGGGUAGCACCUUCCAGCUGUGCAAGAUCUGCGCCGAAAACGACAAAGACGUGAGGAUAGAACCUUGCGGGCAUCUACUCUGCACCCCGUGCCUCACCUCCUGGCAAAUCGAUUCCGAGGGUCAAGGCUGUCCGUUCUGCAGGGCAGAGAUCAAAGGGACCGAGCAGAUCGUCGUCGAUCCAUUCGACCCAAAGAAGUCGCACAAUCGGCCCAAGGGCAGCGCGAUGAGCAGCCCGAACGCCGGCAACUUCGACGACGAAGAUUUGGAACUCGAGGAGACUGGUGAAUUGUGGAGCUGCGGUGGCAGCAGCUUUCCAUCACUGUCACCAUCUUCAGACGUCACGGCCUCGAUAAGUCCGAUGAUCUCGCCGAAGAAUAGCCCUCGCGUGAUCAGGAGGAGCACCACGCCGACGAUAACGAUACCGGGAAGCAUACCGCCACCUCUGCCGCCGAGGAAGAACUCGCCGACGCUGGAGCAGGUGACGAUAGCGUCGGGGUCGAGGAACGGAAGCGCGAAACCGGUGAAGACGCUGAACGAGGCCCAAUCCGUGACGAACCUCUCGCAGCACAGCAACAUCGAAGUGCCUCAGAUAUCGAAGAGCAGUUCCAUGCAGGAGAUGCAUCGAUCCAUCGGGGAGUCGGAGCAGCAUCAGCAGCCGCCGCACGUCGUGGAGUUGAGCACUCCGGAGACGAUCUGCGGGUUCGUCAGUUCGACGACGUGCGUCUACAAUAUUCCCGUGAAGCCGCAGACGCGACACCAGAGUUAUCCAACCAAGACGAAACCGUCUUCGUGCAACAAUCCUCCCGUCAAGUCGAGCACCACGCCGAACCUGGGGAGCGCCGCCGAAGAGGAUCGUCACCUCUACGAGAACAUGAACAUCGAGGCGGUCGUGCCGCCUCCACCCAAAGCCAAAUUCAAUCCCCUCAACGCCAAAGACGUCUACUACGAGAACCUAAAUAUAGACUACAUCAAGAAACUAGUGAGCGAAGGCUACUCCAAGGAGGCAGUCAUCAAAGCUCUGGGCAUUACCAAGAACAACAUCGACAUGGCUUGUGAUAUACUACACGAAUUCGGCACGAAGCACGGAUAGCACAGAGACUAUAAGUGAAACGACUAGAAGGCAACAGAAAAUUAUAGUAAUAAAAAAGAAAGAUGAUGAAGAAGAAGAGGGAAGCGAGAGCAUAGAAAAGUAAUAUUUUUAUAUUAAAAAAAAUCGUAGAUGAUGAUGAAGAGAAGAGAAGCAGAAGAAGAGUAGUAGCGUGGCUGAGUUGAUUUUAAAAACAUAUUUUUUUAUUUCACCGAAAUCAUCAUCCCUCGCGUCAUUGUCAAGAAAAUAAUACUUGAUCACCUUUUUUCUGUCCAACCCCACCGAGUGCCAAAGACGAGACACCUCUCCGGCCAAACCCGCAAACAAAACAAGAGAAGAUUUCAUUAGUUGAAGGAAAACGCAGAGGUGGCCAUGAUACAUUUGUAAUAAUAAGAGAUGAUAUGUUAUUACACAGGCAACAACAUAAUAAUAAUAAUAACAUACGCAAUUUACAUUCCAUAAUUUAAACAAAACUAAAUAUAUAUAUUAUAUAUAUAAACAACUGAGAUUAAGCGAGAAUUAGAUUUCUCGAAAAGAAAAGAAGGUAUAUAAGUAAUAUACAGCGAGUCUCCAAAGAAAAUUACAUUUAACGACACUUAUUGGUUGAUUUGCUUAAACGAAUUCAUAACAGUUUUCUUAAUAUCACUUCAAUCAAACGUUUGCUUGGAAAUCGGUAAUUGUAUUUAACUUCUUCGAGAUAUGCCCUGUAUUGUGUAUAUCGAAUCAAAAAGAUAACAAGAAAAUAAGUAAAACAAACAAACAGCAACGUUAUAUAUUUUCUAAAUGAUACAACAUGUCGAGAGUCUGAACAGUCAGUAUUGUGUAUUUCAUGCAGAAUUAUUGUUAUUAUAUUUUUUAAUCUGUUUUUUUUUUGUUUCUUAAAUUUGCACCGGACUUGCGAGCUUUCCUUGGAAGAAUCACUUGGGUCCUUCGAUCGCGAAACGCAGGCCUUAAUGAUAGUGUGUAGUUUGAAUAAGCGUGGAACCGUACGAAGGGCCGUUUCUUUUUUCGCAAUUUGUGUUUGUUGUCAAUAAUAUUGUCUCCUGCGAAUGGGAAUUUUAGUGCCUUACCAAUUCAUCGAGUCAUCAUCAUAACAUUUGGUUAACGAAAGCAAAACCUGUACGAACUAACAAAGACAUUCAAUUUUUAUUCACGAACAUCGUAACAUUGCCUUACGAAGACGAUUGUAAAGUUUCAUUAAUAUGUGAGCUUCGAGCGAGUUACCACAAGAGCAAUUUAAUAUUUAGGUGCAACAACUAAUAGUACAAAGACAAGUAAUAUUAUUAAAAAAAUAAAUAAAAAGUUAUGUGCAAACAUGUAACAAUUGAUACGAUUAAAAGAAUAAGCUGAAGAAAAAAAAAACAGUUUUAUUUUAACUCGUGUAUAAUAUAAAUUCAUCGCAGUUAACUUUGAUGAGUAUAA